CCAGUCAGCCUCAUCCCCGGGUCACUCAAGCUCUGGGAAUUUCUGACAUUUCUGCAUACAGAUAAAAACUGUGGACUCUGCUGGCUUAAAAAUUUGUUCAGAAACUGACCUCCUACCUUGCACUUGAUGCAGCUGGUCCUUCUCUGGUGAAGUGAGCUUCCCGUCUUCUGCAUCAUCAUGGACAUCAAAGGGAAAGGGUCUGUCCUCCUGCUGCUGGUGUCAACACUGGUCCUGUGCCAGAAUGUGUCCUCUAGCACCUGUGUUCCUAGGGAGAAAUGUGAAGUGAUGUUGCAGGGACUGUAUAAUAAUGCAUCCUAUUUGGCUUGGAGCAUUCGUUUUCAUGGGGAAAAAGCAUGCUUGGAUUUGGUAAAUUUGCAUUACUCGCGCCCAACCUACUUCUUGUCAAGCAGAAAAAGGUGCCACACGGCUGAUAUCCUUACAAGACCUGAACGACGAGGGGCCAGGCGGAUGCAGGAAAAAGACCUUCUUCAUAUGGUGAUGCGUUUGCUGGAUUCCUGGAAGGAGCCUCUGCCACAUGUGGCUGAAGAAACACAUAAAUUCAUGAAAUUCUACAGCCCUAUCAAAAAGAAAGAUGAAAGUAUUUAUUUAAGAUACCAACAAUUUAAAAGUGUCAUCAUUGAAAUAGCCAGCAAGUACUCAGAGGCCAGCUCCCUGACAGCAGAACACAUGAACCCAGAACAGAUACAGCAAAGGAAGGUGAAGCAAGCUUAUCCAGAGAACUCCACAGACUGCAACUCCAGGAGACAGUACAUUCAAGGCCCCGCUCCCACUGCUUUGAAGGUUGAGAGUCAAUGGACAGCUAAAAAACUAAGAACUAUAAAAAAGAUACUAUGGACUACUUUAUGGUAUCAGGUGGUAAUGGGAUAUUUUGUUUUUAAAUAAAUAAUUUGUAAGACUAAAGAUAAUAAUUUUGAUAAAAAUAUGUAAUCCUUAAAACUGUUAAAUGGGGACCAGAGGGAUAUCCCUCACACUUCUUUUGAUGCCUGUCCAGAAGAACAUUAUGAAACCCAGAUACCAUACUUGACUGUGGGGGAUAUACCCAAAAAAAGAUGUAUUGUUCAGAUAAAACUUAUGGUUAAAAAGUUCUGCUGUGACCAGAAGUAUUGGCAUUUGUGAUAACUGUAAGCAGGAGGAUAUAACCCUCUAAAAUUGUGUAUAAAUCGGCCUUGGGAAACAAGAUGGCUACAAGAAAUAGUUUUUCAUGUUUAUACUAGAUAUCAGUCAACUGCUAGGCAUGGGCUUCGGAGGUUAAAAUGAUGGAUUUUAUAGAUUAAAAAGGUCUGGGAGACCCCCCUUCCAGAAAUAGUUAAAAUGACAUCCAAAUAAUUACACAGGAAUAGAUAUAAUGGAUUUAAUUGAUGGAACUCAUUCACUACUGCCACAGGAAGACCAAGAAUUAGCUUCUGAUUGCUGGCUUUGUGCACCACUCACCAUGAUAACUUAUCAGACAAGUGAUAUCAUGAGUGGCCUGCCCUUCAAGCCACUAAGGCUUGCUAUGUCCCCUUUACUCAGCUAAUCAUUAGAUAUAAUUGGUAUGAAUUCAAGGAGAGGUAAGGAGUUACCCCCCAAACACAGGGAAGAAUGAUAGAGGGAACUUUUGUAAGUAAUGUAAAAACCCACAAAAUAUUAGGAAAAUCUGAAAUGACUUUUGCUGUCUCUAACAGCAAUCUGCUUUGCUUAGUUUAAAAUUAACAGACACCAGAGUCAUUGACCAUCAAAUGGAACAUCUGGCCUUAUCCUUAACCUUGAACACCCACUUUCUGUGCACUAGAUUAGAUAGCUAGAGGAAUGUUAGAUAAACUCCCUAACUACAAGGAAUUUUUAUGUCUGAGUUACAGUUAACUGUCUUGUUACUGUAAUUUGUGCAUGGGUAAUGUAAACUGAGGAAAUGUAAUGAAACCAUCUAAAUGAGAUCAUAGCUGUAAAACCUAUAAAAGAAGAAGCUGCAACCCAAUAUGUGGUUGAUCACUGGCACUACUCUCAGUGUGAUCAACUUUU